AUGGAGGCGGACCUGCCUACAGACGGGCUAUUGCCCGUGAUCAAAUGUUCCAAUUGCAAUGCGAGUGUGGGAAUCUCUGAAAUGGGAGAACAUAUCUGCAACGGAUCUUCGCAGCGAUUUACUCCUCCUCCAGACCACUAUAACUAUCGAAACCCGUUCGACAGUCCUCCAAAUCCACCUGGCAAGUCGGGAAGAUAUGGGCCACCGCCAAAAAUUGAUCCGUUUGCAGCUAAUCGUCCUUUUCUACACCUUGGUGUUCUCACCCCUGCCGACACCGAUGACACUCCAUCUCUCUCACCGUCUCCUCUCAAGCGAAGUCAAACAAGUCCACUGCCGCCGACACCAGACCCAGCCAAUGAAGAUGGUUCAUUCACACCUUUUGUAAGAUCACAUACCGUGGCAGGUUCUACCGUGAGAUCAAAACCUAGGACGCCGGUAGAAGACACAUAUAGCCCUAUCACAACGAAGCCUUUCGAAACAAGUCCAGUCCGGAGUGGAGGCGACGCUGGGAGCGAUAAUGAAAAUAGCCGCUCUUCGAUUCCACAAGAACCAGUACCCUACGAAGAACGGAGACGACCAAAAUCGAAGCAGAAGCACAGAAGGGAGAUGUCGAUAGAUAGCAAGAGCAUGCUUCUGAUAUCUGCAGCUAGCUCGCGGUAUGGGGAUGAGAGCCUUAACCAUUAUUCGCCAAGGAAGUUAUCCACAUCUGGGCGCAAUGUGUUGGACGAAGUACCACCCUUGCCUGCUGGGCCCAUCAAGAGCUUCACUCCAGGACCAUACGACGCGAUUCCUUCCUCGUAUCGUUUUGAAAGUAAAGAGGACUUCGAAUUAGAUCGCCUUGCGGGAGAGAGCCUCCCUAAAGAGCAACAAAAGGCCCGCGUUUUUGGGAGCUUUGAUUUCGGCCUGCCGUCACAACCGAAGAUUUCCCGGAAUCCUGACAGUUCCCACUUCAGAGAUCCUUCCCACGCGACAACCAGCUCGUCAAGAAGCUUCAAACCUCCUGUUCCAGAGAAGGACGAAAAGCCCAAUGUACCAGAAAAGGAGCAUCCAACAUCUCCGAUCCGCGAAUAUCGAAUUAAUGAGGAUUUUUCCGUCUCGAAUUUUGCGCGAGAUCUAGGGCUAAACCAUAGCACCCAUCCAUCAAUAUCCUCGUCGAUUGGAACGACACCGUCGGAUAUGGCAAGCGGGAGUUCCCACUCUACUGGACCCUCUGACGUGUCGAGUGGGGCGCACUCAAAGUCUGCAUCUGACAAUAUGGCUUGGAAUAAUCUUUCAAUUGACGUUGAGCCCAGGAGACAAGGAGAUCUGGCUGUGCACGGGAUGGAUUCUCCAACUGAUCCAUCUUUCCAGAAUGGGUACCUUUCAUCAGCAGGGCAGAAGACUGACCUUUCACAGCCAUUACCUGUGUUUCCCACGCAACAUCCGAUUGAUAAACGUGCAGUAUCACCCCCUGCACGCACUGCCACACGCACUCCAGUAGGGCGAAGACCCGGUGUCGGGGUUGCCAGCAAUUAUUGUUGGAAAAUCAAUAUCAUCGGCGGACGGCCGAUUAACAGAUGUCAAACGUGUCAAAUGGUACUGCGCGGUGACUAUUUCGAAUGGAAUGGCCUUGCAUACUGCGAGCGUGACGGCCGACAUGCGGCAGCAGCAAUGUAUCCACCCCAACCACCCUCGGUGAUAAUGCCAUCUCAACAAAGUGGACCAAGCGCUAGAAGGCCACUGUACCCUCCACGGGGAUACGGAUAUGGUCCAAGGCCUGGGCCCGGUCCCGGACCAAGGUAUGGACCAGGAGGUCCUGGAAUGCGAUAUCCACCACACAAACCACCGCAUCCAGGUCUCAAUGUGCCUGCUCAAGGCAUGUACGGUAAUACGAAUAAUAGUCGACGAUACCCUGAGCGGAGAACUACGAGGUUGAUGAUGAUAUAA